GAGAGAGAGAGAACAAGACAGGAAAAAGAGGGGAGUGAACAGUUCGUACCAGUGUUGGGAACAAUUCUGCAAAACCUACUGUGACUUGACAUUGUAUCAGCAAACCGGCUGUUGUAUCUUUGUGGUUGCAUUGGGAAAUUGGCAAGCGUGGAUUUUCUCAGUGUUCAGUUAAGCAGCUCAGAUGGGGGCAGGGAGACCCAGUUCUGCCUGCAAGAUGAACCCUCAAAUAUUUGCGGAUUGAGCGGCUGUAAGAUCCGUAUAAAAGAUCAUGGCAGGUUUUUACAACUGCCUGAAGACGAACAAGAACUGCAUCGCGAUGACCACCCCAGAGACACUGGAAGGCGAGGAAGGGACCGACGCGUCUGCAGGGAAGAAAAAAUCCAAGUUCCAGACCUUCAGAAACUUCUUUGCCAAGAAAAAGAAGGGGAAAGACCUCCCGUCCUCCCCAGAAGAGACGGAGCGGAAGCCAAUCCAGGACCGCAGCGAUGGCGGCGACUCUCCUCCACUGGACUCCAUCUUGCUCCAUUCGCCUGGGGAAAUCGAGUUCAAUGGAGGCACGAGGAACCACACUUUACUGCAGGACGACAAGUUCCCUUUCGAAGUGUUGUGUGACGUGGUUGGAGAUGCAUCCUUGCAGGAGAAUUUCCCUGGGAAGGUGAAGAAUUUCGAGCAAAAUCUCUGCCUCGAGUCUGCACCUGUAAUUUGCACCUGCGAAAGGAUGGAUGAUCUAAACACUGUUUCAGAUGAUGAUGGCUUGCCCAGAAGCCUGCUAGACAUCUCCACCAUCCACGAUGUUUUGGCAUCUUCUGCAACUCAGCCUUCCAACCCUAUCCAGCUCUGCAACUCUUUGAGUUCAGAUGAGGCAGACGGCGAAGACAAUCAGGUCACUUUGGGGUCUCCUUCUAAGCAUCGUGGCUCCUUUUCUCCGGUGAGUCCCCUCUCGCCCUUCGGCCAUGGGAUUCCGGUUGAUUUCGACACCCCGGCUUCUCCCCAGGCCUGCCUGGACACCUCGGCGGCCAGGCACAGGAUUGCAAUGAACCCACGGAAGCAGAAGGGGUUCGCGAAGAAGACUCACCCUUCUCCUGUGGAGCAGAUAUUGGAGGAGCAGCUACUUUUGGAGCCAGGGGAAGAGAAAAGGAGCCCCUUGAAAAUCCUCGAUGAAACUGCUGGUCAGAAGAAAAGUUGGGAAGGCUUGUUGAGCCACCGUGGGGUAAAUGUCAAUGAAGAUGGGACUGACCAUGCAUCAGCUGUGACCAGAACCUCUGAAGCAUUGCCUUCUUCUUGCAGCACUGGCCUCCAGGGAGAAGGAACAUCUGCCUUGAUAUCAGAUGCCCAAAACUUGCUGGAGACUCAGCUCCAGUUGAGUUCCACUGAGCCCUCUCCAAAUGUACCAUCCUCUCUCAUCAAAGAUGGAGAAGGAGAGAAUACGGACAAGAAGGAGAAGAAAGGAACUUGGGAUCAGAAAACACAGAGUGGUCCAGAAGUCACGGAGACCUCCGAAACUUUCCACUUGAAGACCAAAGCCGUUGGACACCAUAGUGCAUCACCUUCUCCUUUGCCAAACAGUAAGGCAGGGAAAGAACUUGGAGCAGAAGAUAUCCAGAUAGCUCGCUCACAACGAAUGGAGGUCCGAGCAAAUGUUUCUAAACCUGCCAGGAACCGACACAGAGCAUGUGAUACAGCUGUCUGCGGAGAAGCUUCUCCUUCCCUGGAGGUGGAUCCUGUGCUGUGCGUUCCACAGCUUUCUUCGUCUGCUCUGAAGACUUCCUCAGAUGCCCCAAAGGACUUAACGAAGAAGAACAGGCAUGCUGUCAAUGAAGAUGGAAGAAGGCCUUCAGAUAUGGAACUUCAGCCUUCUGAAGGCCCUGGGAAGCCAAUGGAUUCUUUGCAGGGCACAAUGUCUACGUUGGAGGUUGAUCCUGAUAGACCUGUGCUUCUGAAUGCAGCGGGGAAGAAACCAUGCUUUCUACCUGCAGACAGCAUCGUUCAAGAGUUGGGGAGUCUUUCUUCUGGAAGAUCAUCCGUUGUGGGAUCGACCGAGGUUGCUUCCAAAACUCGCCUUCCUGGAGUUCCACUGGGAAACAUCAUCGUUGAGGAAGAAAGCAAAGCUACAGAGAUGAUCCAGACCCAGACAAAGCCUUCUCCUGUGAAGCCCGUGAGAUUCACCAUCGCUCCGGCCUGGCAGAGGUCUCUCUCAGGAGGUUCAAGCUCCGUCGACAAUUCCUGCCCUCGAAAUUCUCCAACAUCUCCUGUCAAACCAGAGCUGUUUGAAGGAGUGUCUCUGCUAGAUGCAGGGUCACAAAUAUUAAACACUCCUGAAAGAUCUGACAGGGCUAAUAGAAACACGGGGGUCAACUUGAAUUCUUCCAGUGAGGAAGUCCAAAACUGUGAAAGUCCCUUUGGAGUGAAACUAAGGAGAACUUCUUCUUUGCUAAAGUACCAAACAGAACAUCACUGGGACCCGCCCAAGCUGAUGCCACUGGCAGUUCCUUCACCAUCCUCUGUAAAAAUUGAAGCCAAGGCACCAAAUUCUGGAGCCAACCUUCACAAUCUUGCCACGGGUGUUAAGGGUUUGGUUGCAAACUCCGGCAUCCAAGAGAAAAAUCUGCAGAAGACCAAAGCUGGAGAAGAAGGCACCAAGCUGAAGAAGACCAAAGCUGGAGAAGAAGGCACCAAACUGCAGAAGACCAAAGCUGGAGAAGAAGGCACCAAACUGCAGAAGACCAAAGCUGGAGAAGAAGGCAUCAAGCCACAAGCAAGCAAACCUUCAGAACAAAUCCCUGCCGUGGUUUCGGGAAGCGCCUCCGUUCAUCCGACGUGGCUCUCCGUGGCAAAGCCGAAGCAGCAAGGAUCCCAGAACGACACAGCUGCCAAGGGACGGAAAAAGAGGGAGGAAGUGACAGCCAAAACGGGAAAAGAGGGCGCCAAGGUUAUAAGCGCCUCUCACCCAGAAAAGCAAGGACAGAAAACUGGCCCAAACCAAAAUGUACGUCUGUUGGAGAGCAAAGUACCAUUGAAGUCAGCGCCAUUGCCUUCCAGAGAAGGACGUGCCAGGAUCCUCCCCCAGGAAGGUCCUCGGGUGGAAAAGGACACCAGGUUACCACCAAUCCUUCCCGUGGCUUCCUGCAGCUCCACCGAACCUCCAUGGCUCUCUCUGGCGAAGAAGAAGGCCAAAGCGUGGAGCGAAAUGCCUCAAGUUGUACAAUAAGCCAACGAAAAACACACACAUCUUCUCACAACCUCCUGCCAGUAGCGGUAUUAAUAGCUGAGAGGUGACGGCGUGGACAUCUUUGUAGACGUCUUGAGAAGGGGAAGGAAUUGGUCCAGGAGGAAACAAGGUCACGUUUUCACUUAAAAGGAGGCAUUUCUGCUUGGCCCGACUGUUCUGACCCAGGCUUCGUCAAACGUGCUGAAACACCUACUUGUUUGAAAAGCAAAACCUACUUUAAUGCAACCCUGGGAAUUACUUUAAUUCCCAGCCAGAAUUAAUCUUAAAUAGUUCCCCAAGAUAAGCACACGCUUUUCAGUGCUGGGGAAUGCUGCCAAAAAGAGAAGUCUCCAAAGUAAUUCUAACAGAACCCACCCGAAAUAUCAGAAAAAAAAAAUGACCGGAAUACACAGAGCUUCAAGGAGGGCUCGGAAUCUAACGAA